AUGAAGGACCCCUUCUUCAUUGCCCCCAUUCCCUGGGUCGUCCAACGGGCACAGCCUUUGUGCGACCGUCUCCAUCUGCCCACACUGCCUCUGCACAUACACGAAAUCGUCGCAGCCGCGCUUCUCUACUCGGUCGUCUUCUACCCGCUCUCGCCCCUCCUGUCGAACCUGCUGGUGCCCGGGCACUAUGCCAAGCUGCCGCGCAAGAAGCGCCUGAAUUGGGACGCCCAUGUCGUGUCCAUGAUCCAGAGCACCCUCAUCAAUGCGCUGGCUCUCUGGAUCAUGCUUGUUGACGAUGAGCGCCGCAACAUGGACCAAGAGGAGCGAGUCUGGGGUUACACAGGUGCCGCUGGCAUGAUACAGGCACUGGCUGCCGGCUACUUUGUUUGGGAUUUAAUCGUCACCAGCCGCAACCUAGAUGUCUUCGGUCUCGGCACUUUGGCCCAUGCCAUUGCCGCCUUGCUCGUCUAUUGCCUUGGCUUCCGACCAUUUGUUAACUAUUACGGCUGCAUCUUUAUCCUCUGGGAACUUUCAACCCCGUUCUUGAAUCUUCACUGGUUCAUGGACAAGCUUGACAUGACCGGCUCUCGCGCGCAGCUCUACAAUGGAUUCCUGCUCCUCUUCAGCUUCUUCUCCUGCCGUCUCGUCUACGGAACCUAUCAGUCUGACUCGGCUGUCAUGACGUUCGCGACGGACAAGUCCACUGUCCCACUUUGGCUCGCCACUCUGUACUUGGCCAGCAACCUGACCCUCAACAGCCUCAACUUCUAUUGGUUCAUCAUGAUGAUAAGAGCAGUCCGCAAGCGUUUCGAGCCGGGACCGGAAGAACCAAAGGGACGGCUGAUUGAGGUCAAUGUGGAGAUACAUUCUGUCGCUUCCGGCGUGACCGAUCGUCGUAUUCCGCAGAGACGCAAGGUAUGA